CAAAGCAGUCGCAGUUCGUGAGAAGUCUCUACGAAAAGUGCAAUCCGAGACCGACAACGAAAAGACACCUUUUCACAUUUCUCGUCGCGUACAAAGCAACCACACCAAUGGCGUCGCUGUGCGGAAGAAUUGUCCUGGCUGCGGCCAAGCGAAAUGUGACCUACACGCCGGUUCGAUUUUGCAAAAUGAUGAACGACCCAAUUGAGCAUGCCACCGGUAUCGAGAAGCGUGAACUGCUGGCCAAGCAAGCAGGCAACCCAGAUCCGUUCGAUAUGCGUGUGUUCAAGCGCGGACCGGGUACCAAGGAUAGCCCCAACCUGAUUCCAUCGGCAUUCGAUGCCCGUCUAGUCGGCUGUGUUUGCGAGGAAGACCAAACCUACGUCCAGUGGAUGUGGCUGCACCAGGGCCAGCCGAAACGUUGCGAAUGCGGACACUGGUUCAAAUUGGUGGAGAAAGCUCCGGUCUAAACAGUGGCAUUAAAAGAUUCACCCUGCCACCCUGUGCUGUAGAAAUGAAAAGCAAACUAACUAAUAUUUAAAUCCUGGAGAGCAUUACCUACGCGAAAUAAAGAGAUAUCCAGAUCGUUAAAAACCACCCACACCAACUUGGGGGAAAAUCCGUAUGUUCUACAGUGAACAAAACUCAAGAAGCAAUCAAUAUUCAUGCGAAAGGAAAUGCGUUCAUGGAUUCGUCUGGUUCCGCUCGGCCAUAAGAAUUGAAAACGUUCCAACUCAAACGAAAAUCAAUAGCAAUCCAUUCUUUGGCUACCAACAGGCUACAAAAGCUUCUACUGCAGGAUACGUUUCCAUAUGUGUUGUCUGCUAAAACAACCCCGUUCACCCUACAGCAAAAUUAUGAUAGCAAAACCAAUUUAGUGUUAUCCAAUAAAAAAAUAAUUUUAUUGAAA